AUGGAAAAUUCAGCGUAUGCUCCAAAUACAGCUUAUCUAAAUUCUCCAACUUUAGUAGUGUUUUCUCAAGCUGCCGGGGGACUACAAGAUACUUUGGGUAUUCAAAGACCAUCUCAGGUUAGUUUCACAAUGUCUGAAGCAUCCAAAGAUAUUCACAGACCGUUCACAGCUUCCUCUUUGGGGCUUAUGGAAGCGUAUUCGGGUAUUCCAGCUCAUAUUCUUAAUCAACUUCAACCCCAAUUCUGCCAUCCUGGCUUAACCUUAGGCUCUGGUCCUUUUAGACCGUUCUCUGAUCUUAAGUCUUUUCCUUCUCCUUCGGCAUUUGCUCCACCUAAGUGCUUAAAAAUUGAAAGCAACAAUGAUUCCUUGAAUCACAACCAUAUUAUUUUUUCGCCUUCUGAAGAUAGACUUUUAGAACCUAGUCCUAGAACCGAUUCGUGCAGUCCUGCAAGUGCUUCUAUGUCCCCUCAACCACAAACGUCUGUCAAAGAAGAAAGUUUGGAUGCCCAGAUGUCCGAUGAUGGAGAAGGCCAAGAUCAAGGCAAUGGAAGUGAAUCACCGGGGGUGCAUGAAGAGACUAGAGGAUUUAGAAAGGAUUCUCUUUUUGGAGCAAAUAUUAAUGGCAACGGAUCCUACACAUUUACAGUUCCCAGUCUCCAACCAACAGGAGAUGCGUUGGCCAAGACUACUUUCCUCUUUGAUCUUGAUUUUGUCAAAAGGAAGAAGCGAGAUUCUCCUAGUUGUCCAUUAUGCGGAUUGACAAUUUCGCUAGGAAAUUUAGAAACUCAUUUCAUGCAUGAAUUGGAGCGGCUUUACAAAUUAAGUGGAUCAGGAGUGGUCGCGUCGAGGAAAAGAAAUAGACCAGAACAAACAAGAAUACCAGCUCUACCUGGAGACAGUGGUCCGGAAGGCCGAUUUGAGACUUUUCAAAGAAUUAGAGCUAACAGGCAGGGGCGUCUAAGAAUGAAAAUUCGUAAACGUAAAACUGAUGACUUAUGUCCAAUUUGUACUGGUCAUCCACAAAGAACCCAAGAAGAGAUAAACCUACAUGUAGAACGUUGUGUGAAGAAUGCUAUGAAUGAAGAGGAUGAAACAGUAGAUGUAGAAAGCGACUUCGAAUUAGAAGAAUGGCAGGAGUCCCAGAGAAGAAGAACAAACUCAUUGGUUGGUGGUAUAAUGAUACCAACAAGCACGGGUAGAACAAAUGUAGAUAAUGAAGGUGACGACGUUAUUGUUGACGGGAACGAACCAGAAGAAAGUAUAUUUGGUCCAUCGCAAUACACAGAAAAUGACGUAGUGUUGAAGGAGAACAAAGAUAAAGACGUUGUGCAGUCACAGGUGGCGACUGUGAAUUCUAGUGGUGAUGUGGAAAUAAAAGUGGAAAGUGAUGCUCAGCAAUGUGAUAGUAACGUGACUACGUCAGAUGCUGAACCCAGUAAUAGGGCACAAAUUAUCAAUAAGCUGAGAAGUAGAAUCAAACAAUUAGAGUCCGAGGGAGAACUUUCCAGUAGCACAGACGGUGAAGGCUACAAAUGUUUGAUUUGCUUGGAAAAUUUCAAGAAUCCUGUUAUAUCAACAGUCUGCUGGCAUGUACACUGUGAAGAAUGUUGGCUCCAUACCUUGGGUAUCAAGAAAGUUUGUCCGCAGUGUAGUAUGAUAACAUCUCCCACCGAUCUCCGACGAAUAUUUAUGUAAAAUAUGAAUUAAAAUUUAUCCAUAUUAAACUCCAAUUCCCAGAGUCGGCUCGAUGAAUGCAUAUCACCGCAUGAUCGAAGCCGAGUAGCCAUUAUCGGCUCCCUCGAGUUCCGCUCCUCGAACUGGAGUUUAGCAAUAGUGUGAUAUAUUCUGAUAUAAAGUAUAUUCUGAAUAAAAUAUUUGAUGUUGGCAGAAAGAAAGACACCAUGAAGUUAAAAUGUUAUUGCACUGAAUCAUUAAACAAAUCCCAGUGCACCUGAAAUUUGACAAAAUCAAAUUUAAUUCAAUUUCUGUUUUCAAAACGAAUACUUUUGUAUAGUAUACCAAAAAAAUUGGAAUUUCAGCGCACUCUACUCAUAUUUACCUAUAAAGCACUAGUACUACUGAUUAACUUAGUGUAGGUAUCAAAAUAUGUACUUCCAAACUGAGAAAAUCAUUGUUUAAUAAACCUAACCGUUCUUAAGUUGUAUAGUACAUUUAUUAAAGUAAUGUGAUUAAUGAAUUCUAUGAAAAUUUUAUUAAUUUAUAUCUAAAGGGCUUAGAUGAAUAGAAGAAUGCUUAAUUACUUUGCGAUACUUUAGUGUUCAAUAUGCAUAACAAAACUUCCUAGUUGCCUUCCAUUUGCUCAAAAUAUCAUCUGUUGUAAUUGAAUUUCAGAAACAUAUUUUAAGUUGAAUGCAUUUCUUAUUAAUUCGGGACUAUGAAUGCAAUAAAUAUUACAAAUGUAUAAACAAAACGUAAUUCCAUAAUUGAAAUAAAUUUAUUACACAAUUAAUCAUUAGAAAAUACUUAUCCUUGUGUUGAGAAAGUGAUUCCUAGUGAACUUACAUAUCAAAAAUUUGUAAAUUUUAAUAUAUGUAGUCACCUACUACGUUCUAAAACGAAUCGUCCUUCAAAGAUUACAAUCAUUCGAGGAUUACGCUUCAGUUGUGAAAAAGUUUGGUAAUAAGUGAAUAGCUUUGACUCCUCACCACAUUAUACCUUUGAUUCAUUCUUCACUUCUAUUUUGUAUUUUCUCUACUUUAUUAGAUUUCUAUUCAAUUUGUUACUUUUUCCUGGGAUAAAUUAACUCCUAUAUAAAAUGUGUCAUUUAAGUAUGAUAUGACUGUUUUGUCAUUUUGACAGCGAUGAAAAAGGUGUUUUCUAUCACUAAUGAAACGCUUGUUCCUCUUAAUCGUCUACAUCUAGUCACUUCAAUGUCUGCCCUGUCAGUUAUUUAAGUAUUGUUGAUAAUUGAUACUGAAACAUUACAACAUGAGUCGUUUUGGGGAAGCUUCAACUCGACAAAUUACAAAUAAUAUAGAAAAAGCAAUCCCGCAAUCCACAAAAAAUACUAAAAAGUCAAUAUAGAGACAAUUUAUGGAGUUUUAUCAAGUACGAAAUUGCGAACUGUCGAAAAUAAUUCCGUUACAAAAAGUAGCAGAUAUAUUAAAGGAUUGAGCCUAUAAUAUGAAAAAGAGGAAUGGAGAAGAUUAUAAAGAAUAUGUAGUUAAAACAAUUUGGAAUUCCAUUGCGAAGAUGAUUUAAGAAAAAUAUUUCAAUAAAUACAAUAUUAAAUUUGAUCCUUUUGCCUUUUUAAAGAAGCUCGUGAUGCAAGAAAUAUUGAACGGAAAGAUUUACAAGUUAUUGCAGAGAAACGAAAAGUAAGUUCUGUAGCAUUUAACAAGAAAGUAUAUAUAGUAAAAAUGGCAAAAUUGUUAAAUAUAGACAACCCAGAGGGAUUACAAAAAAGAAUCUUUCAUAUAGCUUCUUAUGAAUUAGCUUGGAGAGGGGAGAAGCUGCAAACUGUAAAAUUUACCAUUUUAAAGAAGAAGAAAAUCAAGAUGGAACUUCAACAAGAAGAUUUGAAUACAACACCAUACAGGGUGGGUCGAAAAUUUUGGCAAACAGUUAAUAGAUAACAAAAAAUGAAAUGGAUGAAAGUAUUUGUCCUGUUGCAUUGUUAAAACUACUGUUACAAAAAAUAAAUGAAAACAUAACAUCUGAACGACUUUUUUUUACUCGAAAUCCCUUUUGGGAAAAACAAAAACUGACCCCAUUUAGAGAUAAGUUUUUCUCGUAAAAUUACUGAUUGGCAAAAUUAUUUCGUUACAAAUUACAAAGAAAUUUAUGCGAUAAAAUGAAAGUUCUUGUGUUUUUCUAUUGAUAAUACUCUGAGUGUGCGCAUUUUAACAAUAACUAAACUUAUUUUGGUAUUUAAUCAUAUUCUCUGAAAAGCACCACAUACGUUAACACUAGGCAUUAAUUUGUUUAUUUCAUCUACUACCAACUCAUUGAGAUCUAAGAAUAAAUAAGUUGUUGAAAAUGAAAUAGAUGAAAAUCAGUAUACCUCAUGAAUGUUUUUCUUCAACUCAUUAGUAAUAAUUUUAAUGAUUUGAAACCUCUUAGUAGUUAAAUUUUAUGAGAUAAAAAUGGUGAUAUAAUGUAUCAAAGUACUGAAAGUAUACCCAAGCUGUGAAAAGACUUGAAGAAUGCACAAAUCAAAGUUUUUAAAACUGCAUGUUCUGCGUAUUUUAACUAUAAUAAAUCAGAACUAUUUUUUGGAUUUGUUACUAAUAGUCCAGUGAACAACGGUUUUUACCUCAGGUUUCCAUCAGGAUACAUCGAUUUGCUUGAAAUUUUAACAGUAGAUAGUAAAUACCUUAAAAAGAAAAGUCUACCCUAUGCCGAUAUGAGCUAAUUUUUUUAUUGAAACUAACCGUAGAAAUCGAUAGAAAAAAGCAUCGAAACACAAAUUAGUCUAUUAGUAAUUACUUUUUGACUUAUUCGUGAUUGAAAUUUUGAAUUUUUGUUACAAAAAAAAACAUAUUUGUAAUCAAUUUUUCACAAAUAACUCAAAAACAACUAUAAGGAGUUUAAAUGUAGGUUUAAAAAAAAUAAAAAGAAAA